AUGCAAUUCGAGCAUCCCGCCUACUCUAGUCCAUUCUAUCCUCCAGGAUACGGCUACACAAGCCCCCCACCAGGUGGAAUGCCUCCCCGCGCGAACUUCUAUGAAGGUGGCUUCGGCGCCUCUAUCCCCACCCCUGCCCCAUCCCCAAGAACCCCGAGUGCCUCGAGACGCAGGACUCAAGAUUUCAGUGGAGGAGUUUCGGCAGAGUAUGUUCACCACAAACGUCCUUCUUCUUCCAGAAGGAGCGGUCAUGAACACAGUGAAUUCCCCCAUGAACAGUACCACGCGAGUACAUCCUCUCCUCGUCCAGGUGCAGGUCACAGAGCCGCAUACAUGAACCCGACUCCUCUCCACACCCCACCACCAUCCGCACAUGCCCACCACAGCAGUGGCAGUGGUACAAUGCCGAAUAUCUACUCUUACGUACCGGGCUUCACGGCUCAGCAAGCCGAAUACGUGAGUCCCUCCUCCUUCCCCUCAGAAGAUUAUCGUGGUGGUAGUUCUAGUCGUCAUCGGACACGGCCUAGCAAGUCGGGACGUCGGCGUCCGCGGUCCUACUAUUAUACCUACUCUUCCUCCAGGCCCGUCACUGACUCUUACCCUUCCCGUUCACAGUUUCCCCAACAAUCAUACACCCCUGGCCCUCAAUCACCUCCCCCCACCCGCGAUUCGGAUGGUAGAAGGUCAAGGACCACCAGGCGUCAAUCGACUUGGCAAGCCGGUGAACCCACCCCCCGCUCCCCGCCACAGCAAUCGAAGCCCAAGUUCACCAGAUCUCAGACCGAGCCAGCUAGCACCGAUGCUGAGGCGGUCAGACGCAAGGCUGCAGAGCAUGGAAUUCCUCAAGACUACUCUUUGAAGAACUGGGACCCAGAGGAACGACCAAUCAUCCUCUUGGGAUCAGUUUUUGAUGCCAACUCUCUGGGAGAGUGGAUCUUCAACUGGACCAAGUACCACCAUGGAAAGACCCACGACGCCACAAAGACUGCUGGUGGAUUGUGGGAGCUUCUCACUGAGCUGAGCUCCAAGUUGAAGCGUGCUAGGGAAUUCUUCGGGUACAUCAAGGCACCAGAGAACAGGGAGAUCUUGGAUGACUUCAUGGAGAGUGGAGAGAGGCUUUGGCAGAAGUUGAAGUCCUUGUUGAGGAAUUGCGAGGAUUACAUGUGGAGGGGCGCCCGAGGUGUCGCUUCGCCAGGCCCUCAAGACAAGCCAGCUGUCCAGAUGGGAAAGAGGUCUGGAGCUGAGUUUGUUGACGCGAUGUUCAACGGCGAGAAGGAGUGGGAGAGGACGGAGAGACUCAUGAGGGGCAUGGCCACUUGGUGUCAGAGGUUCGAGGUCAACUGCGAGGACAUCCUGCGAAGUCCCAACGCUUAG